GUAAAUAGCUUUAUUUGCUGCUUAGAUGAUGAGCAGAACUCAUAAGUGAAGACUCCACGGCGCUAACAACAGCCGUGGACCACGCGAUGGGGUCUCUCCCGGUGCCUAACGUCCAAUCUCUUUCCGCCGCUUCCCACGCCGCCGCCGAUGUCCCCCACAGGUACAUCCGCCCCGACCUCGACACCCACCCUGUCGCCGCCUCCGACGCUGCCGUCGACAUACCCAUCAUCGACUUCGGCCGACUCCGCGAUCCCAAAUCCCACCUUCACGAGUCUUCCAAGCUCCAUCUCGCCUGCCAAAACUGGGGAUUCUUCCAGUUGAUAAAUCACAACGUCCCUACCCAAGUGGUUGAGAAGAUCCGGUUCGAUGUCCUCCGGUUCUUCCAGCUUCCGUUGGCAGAGAAGAGGCAGGUGGCGCAGGCGGCUGGCGAUCUCCAAGGCUACGGGCAGCUGUUUGUGGUGUCAGAAGAACAGAAACUAGAUUGGGCUGACAUGCUCUAUCUCAAUACUCAACCUGAUACCGAGAGAGCCAUGAGAUUUUGGCCCACUCAACCCCCUUCCUUCAGUGUUGCAUUGGAUAACUACUCUUCGGAGCUGAAAAACCUAGCAGAAUGUUUGAUGGAAAUCAUGGCUAAAAACUUAGGACUUGGCAUGGAUGUGGUGACGGAGAAGUUUAAAGUUGGCAUUCAGUCAAUCAGAUUCAACUACUACCCUCCUUGCGCCCAAGCCCACAAGGUGUUGGGUUUCUCCCAACACUCUGAUUCUGAUCUAAUAACAUUCGUUCUCCAAGUCAAUCAAGUCCAAGGGUUGCAAAUAAAGAGAAGAGGGGAAUGGGUCCCUGUCAGGGCUCAUCAUGGUGCAUUCAUUGUUAACCUAGGUGACAUAUUUGAGAUAUAUAGCAAUGGUAGAUACAAAAGUAUUGAGCACAGGGUUGUAGUGAACACUGAGAUGGAACGAUUGUCCAUAGCAACAUUCCACAGCCCCAAGUCCGAUGCUGUGAUAGGCCCGCUGCAGGAGAUGAUCGGAGGAAGUGGUGCAAAGUAUAGAAGUGUGGACCAUGAGAGCUUUAUGAAGCUGUUCUUCUCUUCAAAACUUGAUGGGAAGAGCUUCUUGGAUUCCAUGAGAUGUGAGUCAUGAAACAACAGAUGUCUGGAUAUAGUGAAAGAUUUAGUUUCUGAGCAGGAAGAAGGUUUAGGUUCUCUAUCAUCAGAAUGUUUCAUUCUCAUUCCCCAGACAAUGUUUUCAAAAUACAUGUUGUAGUUGUGCAAUUAUAAUGUUUUGCCUUUAGCACUAA